GAGGGUGGAGCCGGGACGCUCGGGAAUGCAGGCGGUGCACGGAGCCAUGGCCAACUUCCGCCUAGCUCUUAUUCAGCUCCAUGUAUCUGCUAUUAAAUCGGAGAACCUUCAACGAGCCUGUGGGCUGGUGAGAGAAGCAUCAGCUAAAGGAGCCAAAGUUGUAGCUCUUCCUGAAUGCUUUAAUUCUCCCUAUGGAACCAAAUACUUCAAGGAGUAUGCAGAGAAGAUACCUGGGGAAUCAACACAAAAGCUCUCAGAAGUCGCAAAGGAGUGCAGCAUAUAUCUUGUUGGAGGAUCCAUUCCAGAAGAGGAUUGUGGAAAACUGUAUAAUACAUGUGCUGUCUUUGGGCCUGAUGGUGCGAUGCUGGCAAAGCACAGGAAGGUUCAUUUGUUUGACAUUAAUGUUCCUGGGAAGAUACAGUUCAAAGAGUCUGAAACACUGAGUCCAGGGAAUAGUUUCUCCAUGUUUGAUACUCCAUACUGUAAAGUGGGCCUGGGCAUCUGCUAUGAUAUCAGAUUUGCUGAGAUGGCUCAAGUCUACGGACAGAAAGGUUGCCAGCUGCUGAUCUAUCCAGGGGCUUUUAACCUGACAACAGGACCAGCCCAUUGGGAACUGCUACAAAGAGGGCGAGCUGUUGAUAAUCAGGUCUAUGUAGCUACAGUAUCUCCUGCAAGAGAUGAAAAAGCAUCCUAUGUUGCCUGGGGACACAGCACUGUAGUAAAUCCAUGGGGUGAAGUCAUAGCCAAAGCUGGGGCUGAGGAAACAGUUUUAUACACAGAUAUAGAUCUGAAGAAACUUGCAGAAAUACGUCAACAGAUUCCUAUUUUAAGCCAGAAACGUUGUGAUCUCUAUGGCAUAGAGAUGAAAAAGUGAAGCUGGGUGAAUAGGAGGGUGAAGUUGGCAAAAUGGCUGCUGCUUUCAUCUUUGGAAGGCUUCCUUUAUUAGCUGUUCCACAAUCUACUGCUACAUGUGCCAGUUAAUUUAAAAAUUAAAAAAACAAAACAACAAACCAUCAAAGAAACAAACCAGAAAACCCCACAGCCACCAAAAACAGCCCAAAAAACCAACCAGCCAACACAAACAAAAAAUUUGCUGGUGUAAUUCUAAAAUUGAUCCAAAUACAACUUUUCUAUCUCUUCUUGUACUCUAGUAUUUCAUACUAGUUUAACAGCUAUGCUAAAGAUGGAGGUAAAAUCAAUUCAACACAGUAAUAGUUAAUACUUCUUUUUACAUAUCACAGUGGUUUAGUUAGCUUUUGGGGAGUUUUUGUGUGGAACAUAGAAAUGGGAACCUUGUCCCCUGAAGUCAGUCAGCUUUUGUAUUACAAACAUUUCAAUGAAUUAUCAAAUAAUCUAGAAGCACGGUUCUUCCACCUCUCAGCUGUAUGUGCCUUAAAGUUCCCUGAAUGCCCAGCAUCUAUACUUGGAAAGCUUAAAAUUUCAUACACUAAGCAAAACAGGCCAAAUCCUGCCCUGCAUGAUUUAGGGGUAACAAUCCAAGAAGCUGCCAGACUGGAGUACUACUAUAGAAGAAUCUGUAACAGGGUUUGGCUCAUGUCUUUCCUCAAAUAUAUGUAUUAAAUUCUCCUUACUGCAAUUCUUGUUUGGUACUGAAGUGGUGCAGGUUACUGUUAAAGCAAUUCGCAUGAUGCACACCUUUGCUCUGUAUACUGCGUCUUUAAUACAAUGUCUGACUAGGUUUUAAUUUUGCUGCCUGGCAGUCUUCACCCGAAAAGGGUGAAAGGAGUCAGUCAAAGGGUUAGAAAACUUACUGCACUGACUGAAGUCUUUUUGCCCACCAUCUUUGUAAAGACAGGUACUUUAACUGCUCAGUGUUUAAAUGCGUUAUUGCUACCAAAGCAAAUGGAAACAUUCCUCACAUGAUUGCUCUUGCUGAAGGCUUAAACUGAUUACUAAAGGUAGCUUUAAAUGCUUAAAACCAGCCCUUACCACUAGGCUUUUAGUUUUUCAUCAGCAAAAAUGGUAAAGCAGUAAGGCUAAAGAUUUCAGAAUACAAAAUGGAGAGGGUUGUCUUGCUGUAGCUGCCAGUUUCCCUCAAAACCACCUUACCUUUUUAUGUUUAGCCAUCCUCCUCUUCCCACAGCUUCUCUCCUGACCCAUUUUUUAAUGUUAUUUUGGCCUCUCUGGAACAAGCUAUGUCUGUGUGAGGAAAAUUAACCCUGAGGCUUCUUUCCCUUCAAAAGACAGGUCACACCUUUCCACACCAUGGCAUUACCUAUUCCAGCAGGCAGUUUGUUUGGUCUGUAAUUUUUUGCUGCAUUUUGGUGUACAUACUGUACUGGAACUCUUUAAGAAACAAGCCAUGGAGCAUAAAGUGAAAUGAAGAUUUGUUGAAAAAUAAAUAUUUAAAAAACAAUUACAAUUUGAGGCAAGUUUCCUGCAUUAGAUUAGUGCCUCCCACAUUCUCAGCCAAUAGCAUCCAUGACGGCCAUCACUGGGCUCCAACUUCUGAAUCACAGCAGCUAUUACACAUCCAUGUUUCUGAACUACUCCACCUGUCUUCCCCUUCCCUCCCCUCUUAAUAGUAUAACAUGCAGCAGAGCCGGAGCUAACUACUGCCUUUGGAGAAUUAUAGUGCAGAAUUCUCAUAGGCUGACCCCUGAAUCUGAAAAAUGCAAAGUGCAGUCAGCACAAGCAAUAGGGGAGAGUGUCUGAGUAUCUCUAGUGAGCUACUUCAGUGAACUUUUCUGAAGAGGAGACAUGAGCUCAAUCCUCUUCAGCCUGUCAGAACAGCUUCUAAGCACCAUAAGUUUAGCAGGAUGUUUUAAGGGAUCUCCAGUGUGACCCACUCAGAAGCAAUACAGAUGGGACUGAAUUUUGUGGGGUUCAGUGAAAAAAGGUGCAAUACCCAUUAUCAGCUAAGUAAUACCUGAAGCAGUCCCUACUCAAUCUCUCUGUUGGUACAAAACAGGCACUUUAACUAUCUGUAUUAUAAAUAUGCACCCAUAUUCUUUAAGUACAGAAAAACAGCCAGUAACAAACCUGAAAUAGCUCCAGAAUUUCAGCCUGCAAUAAUUUAAAGUCUUUUUGAAGAAACAACAGAAAACACAGCAAUGCCUAUUGUAUCAGGCAGUGUUAUUACCAGUGCAGGUGGGAACCUUGGUUAAAGCUCCACCUAAGCUGCUCUCAGUAAUCCCAAAAUAAGUUACAGUACAGCUCCCUAGUGUAUGUUAGUUCCCUCUUUACUUUCAAUCUACAAUUAGAUCCUAGUAAUUCAAGUCACAACUUCUAAUCUCUGCUUUGGCAAAGCUGUCUCCAAGAUGAACAACAGGGAUUUUUAUAUGAUCAGAAUUAGAACACAAGACAACUAUGUGUAGAAGUGACUUCCUGGAGUGCCUGGACUACACGAGGUUUAUCCAAGCUUUCACUAUCAGCUUCCUAUGUUUCAAUAGAUUUAUUUUGUUUAAAUAGCAGCAAUACUUGUUUCACUUUAGCUUUCCAUCCCUACUAAAGGAAGCUUUGCGUGCAGUUCCCAUGCACACCUGCUUCAAGUAAACCCUUAACUGUAUCAGCCAUUCACUAAACUGAUUCACUGAGGUGUUAGCCACCAGACUCCCAGCUUUCCUGGCUGGAUUUCCUUUUUCCCUGUAAUAUUCAGCUCUCAAAAUCAUAUCUCUGUGGGUGAUGGAUGCAGUCAUAGAGAAAAGACUUGUUAAUUCCAUGUCUCAUUUUUUCUUGAAGGUUGAAGUGGGAGAAGAUGAGAGGGAGUCAGUCAUCAUUAUUCUUCCCAGAGUCAGAGAAACCUCAAAUAAGAACAGAGAGCACCACUGCAGAACACUUUCAUCAAAACCUGUUCUUAUACAUGUCAGAGAGACAUAGUUGAAGGUCAUCAGUGCAGAGGUUGGAAGUUCCAGAAGAGAGCUGACACUCAUUAUGUGAAGUGUCCUUAGAAGCUGCCAGUACCUUCCACUGACUUCAAUUCUACACCAGUGCUAUGAUUUCAGAUCACCUACUGAGCUAGUUAAAAUAUAAUGAUUAAAUCUUUAUGUCUACUCUCCA